AAAGUAGAUUUGGUGAUAUUCUGUUUGAUUAUUUUGUUCAAUAAUUCUGCAGAUGUAGAAGUCCCAGUUGCUUGUGUCAUACUGGUAUUCUUGUUUGCCCUCCAACAUUACGGGACACACCGAGUAGGAUUCCUUUUUGCACCAAUUGUUAUAACGUGGCUUUUAUGCAUCAGUGCCAUUGGUGUAUACAAUAUUGUCCACUGGAAUCCCCAUGUUUACAAAGCACUCUCUCCUUACUACAUGUACAAGUUUUUGAAGAAGACCCAAAAGGAUGGUUGGAUGUCCUUGGGUGGGAUUUUGUUGUGUAUAACAGGUUCCGAAGCUAUGUUUGCUGAUCUUGGACAUUUUUCACAGUUGUCUAUCAAGAUUGCAUUCACCUUUGUGGUUUACCCAUCCUUGAUCCUAGCAUAUAUGGGGCAAGCUGCUUAUCUUUCCAGGCAUCAUUCUAAUGAAAGUUACUACCGGAUUGGAUUCUAUGUAUCAGUACCUGAGAAAAUCCGAUGGCCUGUUCUGGGAAUAGCCAUACUCGCAGCAGUUGUGGGAAGCCAAGCCAUCAUCACCGGGACUUUCUCUAUCAUCAAACAGUGUUCUGCUCUGGGUUGUUUUCCAAAGGUCAAAAUAGUCCACACAUCAUCCAAAAUACAUGGCCAAAUUUACAUUCCGCUCAUCAACUGGACUUUAAUGAUGCUGUGCUUGGCUGUUACUAUUGGUUUCAGAAACACGAAACACAUAAGCAACGCAUCAGGUUUGGCAGUUAUAACUGUCAUGUUGGUAACGACCUGCCUAAUGUCUCUUGUUAUCAUCCUCUGCUGGCACAGAAAUGUUUUCCUAGCCCUUUGCUUCAUAUUCUUCUUCGGUUCCAUAGAAGCGCUCUACUUCUCAGCUUCACUCAUGAAGUUCCUUGAAGGGGCUUGGGUGCCUGUUGCUCUCGCCUUCAUCUUUCUAGCAAUCAUGUACGUUUGGCACCAUGGCACGCUCAAGAAAUAUAAGUUCGAUGUUCAAAACAAGGUUUCCAUCAACUGGCUACUCGGGUUAGGUCCAAAUCUUGGAAUUGUUCGGGUCCGUGGCAUUGGCUUAAUACACACCGAGCUUGUAUCCGGAAUCCCAGCCAUUUUCUCUCAUUUCGUCACCAAUCUCCCUGCUUUCCACCAAGUUUUAAUCUUCCUCUGCGUCAAAUCUGUCCCGGUGCCUCACGUUAGACCUGAGGAAAGGUUCCUCGUGGGAAGAAUCUGCCCAAGAGAGUACCGAAUUUAUAGAUGCAUUGCACGGUAUGGUUAUCGUGACAUUCACAAAGACGACGUGGAGUUUGAAAAAGACUUGGUUUUUAGUAUUGCUGAGUUUAUCCGGUCAGAGAAUCCAGAAUACAAUGUAGAUUUGGAGUGUGACGAAAAAAUGACUGUUGUUGGAACUGCCUCAACAAAUCUAGAAGGUAUAAAGAUGUGCGAAGAAGACGUAGACGAAGAUUUUUCAGAACUGAGGGAGAUAAGAUCCCCAGAAUUUCCAAGGAAGAGAGUGAGGUUUGUUUUGCCAGAGAGUCCUCAGAUGAACAUAACCGCGAGAAAGGAGCUGCAGGAACUGAUGGAAGCGAGGGAGGCGGGGAUGGCAUUUAUAAUGGGGCAUUGUUACGUGAGGGCAAAGAGGGGAUCGAAUUUGAUUCAGAGAAUUGUGAUUAAUAUAGGAUAUGAUUUCUUGAGGAGGAACUUUCGGGAUCCAAUGCAUGCAUUGAGAGUUCCUCAUGCAACUACUCUAGAGGUAGGGAUGAUCUACCAUGUCUAGCUUAGUUUUGAUGAUUAUAGAGUAUAGUUAUGCAUUCUGUUCAAAAAACAAGAGUAUAGUUAUGUAUUCAAUUUGUGUUUCUUUUUCUGCUACUGUAAAUGAUAGAGAGGCUUUUUGUGCUAUGCUAAUCCAGUGUAUUUUAAUUA